UUUUUUUUUUUCCUGAGAGUGUAACAGGCACAUAUGUCUGUAUCUGUCUUUCACUUUGUAUGCCACCUAGGCACCAUAUAACUUUAAACCGUUUUAUAAAAACUAUAUUAAACUUUCAGACGAGGCUUUAUAAGGCGAACAUCACUGUUUUAUAUUGACGAACUUUACUCAUCUGGUUUACAGUUGUGUCAUUGGCCCGUAUUGUGUGUGAUGUAACAUCAUACUAGAUAUGCCACUCCUCAAGACUCUCCCUGCAGCUUUAGGGCUGUUUGUGUGCAACUGGAGACUCAGAAGGACUGCGGUGUCAACAGGAUGACUUUGUAUUUGCCUUUCCCACUCUCAUAGUGCGCGUUCGCUUCAGAGAGACUGUUUUCAUAGCGGAACAGUCCACAAUGCAGCACGUAUGUGGAUUAUGGGAAAAUCACAGGUGAAGCUGUGAGAGUAAUUUCGGUAACGGAUUGGGUGGCUGAUCCAGGAAAAAUGCGGAGAGAUGCAGAGCAGGCGCUGACUCUGAUGUGGCUUCUCUCUUGGAUCCCACACAGCAUGUGUCAUUCUCCCCCAGGGAGGCCCAGACUAACAAAAUGUCGGUCACCUGAGAAAGAGACCUUUACUUGCUGGUGGGAGCCUGGAUCUACUGGUGGAUUGCCCACCAGCUACCACCUGUAUUACAGAAAAGAGAGCUCUGUGGAAGUCUUUGAAUGCCCAGAUUAUCAUAAGGCGGGGAACAAUUCCUGUUAUUUUGAUAAGCGGCACACAUCUAUUUGGAUCAUAUACAACAUCACAGUGGUGGCCUCCAAUACACUGGGAAAAGCCUAUUCAGAAUCUGUGGAAGUUGAUGUUAUGGAUAUUGUGCAGCCUCACCCUCCAGAAAAUGUGAAUGUAACUUUGAUGCAGACCAAGAACAGUCCUUAUUUCCUGGUGCAGUGGCCGCCUCCCCAUGACGCAGACACCCGCUCAGGCUGGGUAACAAUCAAAUAUGAAGUUCGCUUAAAAAUGGAGAACAGAGGAGACGAGAAGGACAGCAGCAAUUGGGAGUCAUAUGAUGCUGGAAAACAGUUGGAGUUUAGCAUCUAUAGUCCUCAACCAGGAGCAAAGUACGUCGUGCAAGUGCGCUGCAAACUAGACCAAGGCCUCUGGAGUGAAUGGAGCCCAUCCGCUUUCAUCCAGCUUCCAGACAAUAUGUCUGACACACAGAAUGCAGUUAUGAUCCUUGCCAUCACUCUAACUGUCAUCAUUUUCCUGCUGACUGCAGGAGUGCUGACAGUCAAGAUGAAACGGGUGAAGCAUUUUUUACUGCCACCAGUUCCAGAACCAAAGAUCAAUGGCUUAGAUACUCAGCUCCUUAAGAGUGGGAAGUCUGAGGAGAUCUUCAGUGCUCUGGUUACUCUGGGAUAUCCCCAAAUAGCCCAGAGCUCAGACCGUCAAGUGGAGUAUCUCGUGGUCUCCGACUAUGACGAGGAAGCAGAGUCUGAUAGCAAAGCUCGUCUUGAGUACCAAAAGAAAGAAAACUGUGCCUCAGAUACUGCACAAAACAGCAUCCAGGGGCUAAACACUACACUAAGUGAGCAGGCCCACCCUGGGAUUGUCUCCAAUCAGCUAAGUGCUGUCUUUGGAGAUCUUCAACAAGGACUUCAUCUUGAUUCCAAUGGCUCAUCAGUAAAAGCUCAGGACCAAAACGCUCAAAUGAUCUCCGAUAGCAAAUGUGAGCAUGUCAGCAUCACCCCUGCUAGAUUUACAGGGUACGUGGAAGUUGACGAAGAGAAACGAGAACAGAAGCCCCUGGUAGAGGAGGACUACAGUAUGGUCAGUGAUGUUAUCAGUGAUAAUAUCCUUGUACUACAAGACAGCAUCCCUGUACAGGGACACAAAGAGGUCAAAUGUGACAAAACUUCUGGAGCUGAGGAAACUGGAGGUGUCAUCGAACCUCUGGGAUACAUGGAAACCGUGACAACAUUUUCAAGUACAUCUUGACUAUUUUGUGACUUCAACUUUAGAGGUUUGGGACUAUUUUGUCUUGUAGUGUCCUGUUCAAACAAUCAAGCACUUUGUUAGUAGAGAUGUGAGAAGGGUUCUUUCAGAAAUCUGUGGUGUGUUUCCCAUACAAUGACAUAAUUUGCUGCUUAACUACUAUAGUACAAUGCAAUUAAGUAGCUACUCGUGAUUGUUUCCCGAAACCACUCAUUUGUUAUUCGAACCAUGUUGGCUCAACAAUCUACAAUUGUUUAAACUAAUAACUUCUGCUAAUGAAUCGGUUCAAGAUUGAAUUAAUGUCAUAUUAUUGCUGUAAAUAAUGAAUAUGGCAUCUGAGGGACUACUUCAGUAUUUUUGUUUGCCAUUACUUUGCUUUAUUUCCCGAUGUUUGAUUAAAUUCUGGGUCGCUAGAGCACAUUCACACACGCUCUCUUCAAAAACAGUGCUUUCAUUGUCUUUCCAAACUAAAAGAUGUAGAAUGAAAUUUGUAUAUACUCACAGGCCACUAUAUUAGGUACACCUUGCUAGUACGGGGUUGGACCCCCUUUUGCCUUCAGAACUGCCUUAAUUCUUUGUGUUUUAGAUUCAACAAGGUGCUGGGAACAUUCGUCAGAGAUUUUGGUCCAUAUUGACAUCAUCACAAAGUUUAUUCAGAUUUGUUCGGCUGCACAUCCAUGAUGCGAAUCUCCUGUUCCACCACAUCCCAAAGGUGCUCUAUUGGAUAUUCAUGUUCAAGAAACCAGUUUGAGAUGAUUUGAGCUUUGUGACAUGGCGUGUUAUCCUGCUGGAAGUAGUCAUCUGAAGAUGGGUUCACUGUGGUCACUGUUGCCUUUCUAUCAGCUUGAACUAGUCUGGCCAUUCUUUUCUGACCUCUGGCAUUAACAAGGUUACUCACUGGAUAUCUUUCAAACCAUUCUCUGUAAACCCUAGAGAUGAUUGUGCGUAAAAAUCCCAGUAGAUCAGCAGUUUCUGAAAUACACAGACCAGCCUGUCUGGCACCAACAACCAUGCUACAUCGUCUUGACCAUGUCUACAUGCCUAAAUGCAUUGAGUUGCUGACAUGAUUGGCUGAUUAGAUAUUUGCGUUAUUGAGCUGUUGAACAGGUGUACCUAAUAAAGUGGCCGGUGAAUGUAUAUAUCGAAUUAAAGAUAUAAAUUGUACUACAUUACCUUGCUUAUUUUGCUCAAGAGCAUGAUCUAAGUUAUGGGAAACACCAAAUCAUUGAACUAUGUUGGUAACGACAGAACUUACAACCAUAGUUUUCUACCGAUACUGUGAAACGCACCCAUGUUAUUUUGUAUCUGUCAAUUUGCACAACCCCAGCUAAGGUUUGCACAAAAACAGAACAGUUUCUGUGGGUAAUUUAUGCUAAAAACAGGAAGCUGACGUAAAGGAGAUUAAAAGGCAGCUUCAUUCUAAACUAUUUUACACAUCGACCAACAGCUGUUAAAAAAAUACCCCACUAAACAUAAUUGUUAAACCCCUCGAAAUGUUUCUUCAACCUACUACCUCAUAGCAGACAUAUAAAACACCACAAUGGAGUUUCACCACUUCCUCUAAAGACCUGGCACUUUUCUUAAUGCUUUUGCUGCUCCUGAUCUUUUCAAUUUGAUUGUUGUUAAGCAUUUUUAUAGUUUUAAGGAAACGCAUUUUAAUACGCAGCAAAGCGCCUUUUGUAUAUUUAUUCACAAUGAUACUAUGAAUAUAAAAAGUGUGAGAUUUCUUUGGUCAAAACAACUAAUGAUUUUACUGUGUAUUUAUUGAACUAAAUCUACUAUUUGUAUGUUGCUCACAAUGCAUUUUAUUUAUACUUAAUGUUGAUUUAUAACACUGAUUCAAUGUUAAAAUUGGCAUCAAUCUAUACUCAUUUUUGCCUAAACAGACUGUGAUACAUCCUUCUGAUUUUCAACUAUAUGAACUUGGAAACUCUUAAAGACAAUAACAAGAAUUAAGACUAAUGUCAAAUAAUUUAUUACAUGUGUUUAAAAUGCUAGCGCGAAAUGGUUGUCAAAGCCUAGCUACUGUCAAUGCUUAACCAAACACAAGGGCAGUGAGUGCAGAAUGGUCUGGCAGGCCUUUGAUGUUUUUUUUUUUUUUAAUCUUAUAUCGACAGCCUCAGAGGAGCUAGUUACGGCGGCAGACAUAGGCGGGUCAGCUGGUCUCAUCACGAAACAUUUAUGGUCUGCAGUGCAGCAGUAAAGAGUUACUUUAAGUCAAACAUUGACUUAACACUAUACAAGGACAAGCAUUCAGUUCAGCAUGAAAGAAAAUUCUAGUACCAUUGUGCAGCUUUUUUGUGUAGUUUAAAUUGGAAUGUAAGCCAUUUGUUGUUUUUUUAUACCACCCAUUGUGGUACAAGCAUUUUGUUUGUCAUGUGACUGUCAUGCUCAAGACAUUUAAUACAAGAAAAUUAAAUUGUGGGGGAAAAAAUGUUAGCACAGUGGUGCAUUGGUGUCUAGCAUGAGCUCCUCACAUUCUUUCACUGACAAUGGCAUGUGUAAUGCAAAAAGUCCAGAUGCUUGCUAAAAGUUUUUAUUUCAAUAAACACCAGUUUUGCAACAAAAUUGUCUUAAGCUAAAAGAGAAAGUUAUAUAACCAAAAAGCUGAAUAUUUUCUUAAUUAAAUUCAUAGCUAGAUGAAACUUAAAAGCAGCACUUCUGAGUCAAAGAACUUUUUUGGCCAAGAAGUGGUGGUUUAUUCCAGAUCAAUUAACAUUCUUUUCACAUUCUCAAUUAUAGCCUAUAAACAAAUUUGUAGCCCUAAGUCAGAUUUUUGUGGUAGGGUUAGACGUGAUGGUGCGUUUCAUUUGAUGAUAAAAUUUUAAGGGUUCGUUCAUCCAAAAUGUAAAUGUUCUCGUAAUUCACUCAACCCUCUGGUCAUUUCAAACCCGUAAGACUUUCAUCCAUCUUUAAAACAUAAAUAUAUUUUUAAUUAAACCUGAGGGAAAGUCCAGGCAAGCAAAACUUUGACACUUCAAAAAAUUCAUAAAGACAUAAAAGUAAUCCAAAGCAGAUGACUGUAUUUGUGCUCUAUAUAUGUGCAUUAAUCAAUGUUUACAUGUGAAUAAAAAUCUAGAUUAAAUCUG